AUGCUACCUCUCAGCACCAUCGAGGGCCGGGAAACGGAGGAGGUGCAGACCAAGCCGCCGGAGAAGGGAGUUCUGCUUUCUGAGAACCCUGAUGAUCCACCAAAGAAGCCCAUCAGAAUGAAGGGAACAAUGUUAUUCAGAGUCCUGCCGUUCUGUCCUGUGAUUCCCUGGACAUCUUCGGAGCCAGCGCUACCCGGGCGCCAAGGACAAGCGCUGAGCAAGCCCGCCCGCUCCUGCCCAGCGGCCCAGACAGAACCCGGGUCCGGAGGUCAGUCCCGAGGCCGCAGCCCUAAAGGGCCAGGGAAGCGAGGGAGCACCUGUGGUGUCACGAUGCUACCUCUCAGCACCAUCGAGGGCCAGGAAACGGAGGAGGUGCAGACCAAGCCACCGGAGAAAGGAGCCCUGCUUUCUGAGAACCCUGAUGAACCACGAAAGAAGUCCACUGGAAUGAAGGGAAGACUGUCAUUCAGAGUCCUGCCGAUCUGUCCCAUGCCAAGUGUUUGCUUCACCUAUUACUUGGAAACGGAUGACUCUGACUCUGAUUCCCAAUUUCCUCCUGAACCUUUGAAACCUGACCCAAACUGCACCUUUGUUCCUCUGCCUGUGUUAGAGUUUCGUGAAAUCAAGGUGUGUGAAUGUCCCCUGUGCUGUCUCAGCUUUGUCACUGCUUCCUAA